AGUGAGGCAAACGUAUUACAUUUUUAUUUAGCUUAACAGCAAAGAUGAACAUGCAUUUUAAACUACUAGUGCAUAAUAUUCUCUGGUCCUAAGACGUUUUAGGAUCUAAGAAGCUCUAGCACACUGAAAUCCACACUGAAAUCAGCACUGUCCAGGAGGAUCACCCUCCGGAGCGGUCCGGCCCACAGCGUGCUCUCUUGGCGCUCUCUUGCAUGCCUGUGGGCACCCAUGGCUCAGCUCCGGAUAACGGGUGAGAAGUUUAGCUGCACCACUUUGCUCGCACUGUGCCAGUUCAUCUACCUACUGCUGGGGGCCACCGUGUUCCAGCUGCUGGAAAGAGAGGCUGAGAGCAGCAACCGUAACAAUUUCCAGCUGGAGAAGCUCUACUUUCUGACCAACUACACCUGCCUGGACAUAUCAGCCUUGGAGAAGUUUGUAAAGGUGAUUCUAGAUGCAUGGGGAAAUGGGGUGAACCCUUCAGGAAAUUCCACUAACCCCAGCAACUGGGACUUCGGCAGUUCUUUCUUCUUUGCAGGGACAGUGGUCACUACUAUAGGCUAUGGAAACCUCUCUCCCACCACAUUCCCGGGACAGGUGUUCUGUGUGUUUUACGCCCUGUGUGGGAUACCCCUCAACCUGGCCUUUCUCAACCAGCUCAGCAAGUGUCUGGCCCUUCAUUUGGGACGCCUGGAACACGACAUGGUCUCAGUGGUGCCUCAUAAGCAGUGUGUGGAGGCGUUGGCCGUGGUCCUGUUCCUGCUGAUGGGCAGUGCCCUCUUCCUGGUCUUCCCCCCACUCAUCUUCAGCUAUAUGGAGGGCUGGUCAUAUGGAGAGGGUUUCUACUACGCCUUCAUUACACUCAGCACCAUCGGCUUUGGAGACUUUGUGGUUGGCAAUGGCCAGGACAGGCAAAAUGUCUCAGUGUACCGCAGUCUGACCGCCGUGUGGAUCAUCUUCGCUCUGGCUUGGAUUGCUCUUCUCCUCAACAUGGGUGCCAAGAUCAUUGAGCAUUUCCUUGAUCUUAAAAAGCUGGCCGCCGGCGGAGACGAAGCAAGGCCCUCAGCCAGGAAGCAGGAGGAGGGCCUGAGUCAGAGAGCCAUCCAGCAGAGAACGUAAAGGAGAGGACUUCUGUAAAAUCAGUGCUGUCAGGAAAUUAGAUACUCACUGCUGUAAAGCUGUACGAUCAUGCAUUUCACCUGUACUGUUUUCCUAAAUGUCAACACAUGAGAAUGGAACAUUAUGCACAGUGUACAGUAAAUUCUAGAUGUCAUACAUCAACCUUUAAGAUGUUUCAAAUUGUGAAUAUUUGCUUAUACUUUGUAGAGCAGUUUGUUUGAUUGAUUGUUUCCUUGUUUUUACCACGGAUGGACAUUGUGACUAAUGUUAAUUGUUCUCUAGAAAGUCUGGCGUUGUUGUUGUAUGUUAUAUGAAUGCACCAACACAAGAAGAUAGAUGUAGGUUUUUGUUGCUUAUGCUGUAUUUGCUGUAUUAAUUUCAUGCCAUGCUGUGUUGCUGUUUAUCUCAUCUAUCCUGAUUUACUGAGAGACUGAAAGUGAUAUGUACAGUACAGUGCAAAAGUUAGAGACCCCUCUUCAUUUUUUCAAUCUGCAGUUAAAACAGCCAUUAAGUAUGUAAAUAGAUUUAUCAUUUUUGAUUAAUAGAAAAAAUCUGGAAGCAUUUAAGAGAAAACGACACAGAAGCCUCAAUUAAAUAUAAUAUUCUUUUUUUAGUUUUUAAGCGUGUCCACCAUUUACAGCUUUACCACUACAGCCUCCAUUCUUUUCAGCAGACUUGCUUUCCGUUUUUUCAAGAAAAACGUUUUUUAGACGUUUUAGACGUGAAUUUUCUGCUUCUCACAGUCCAAGUAUUCCAGUUCAGAGAUGUUGAGGUGACUCUGGGGUGGUCAGUCUAUUGUUCUGAAGACACUAGCACCUUCAAAAGCUGUUCUUUUUGUACUAUUUCCAUUUUUUAAAGUUAUUUCUCCAUGAACAGCUACACAUCCUUUCAGACCCAUAGC